GUAGCCUAAUGCACCACAGCUGUAAAUCAAAACUCUAAUCGUGGUCGCGAUUCUUUUUUGGUAGGCCUAUCGUUUACGGGCUGUAACUGCUGCUCUUCUGAUAAGACACUUCAGAGAAUCAUGACACCAUCUGAAUGCAAAUGUUUACUGAAAGGCAGCUGAAGUUUUGCCUCUUGCACCUGUAUGCGGUCAGUGCUGUCAUGAUGAAUGCAUGUGGCCCUGCGGAGUAUAAGACUGGACAGGAGUGCUGCCCAAUGUGUAGCACAGGAUAUUUUGUGAAAUAUAACUGCACAGAAUAUGCAAGCACGUCAUGUCUGCCAUGUCCAAACUCUACCUUCACUGAUUCACCAAAUGGACUCUCCAAGUGCUUUUCUUGUUCAUUAUGUGACUCCAGUGUAGGGUUGAAGGUGAAGAGGGCGUGCAGCUCCACCUUAAACACACUGUGUGAGCCUCUGGAAGGUCACUACUGCACUGACCCAAUCCAAGAUGGCUGCAGAGGAGCUGUGGAACACACAAAGUGCUCACCAGGACAGUACAUCAAUCAAACAGGCACUGGCUCCACUGAUGCUGUGUGUGCUGAGUGUGUAGGUGACACUUACUCAAACGGAUCAUUCACAUCCUGCAGACCACACACACGGUGUGAAUCUCUGGGACUGUUCACGGGGAAGCCAGGAACACACACAGAGGACGCUUACUGUGAAAACCGCCGUCAUCAUUACAUGGUGUUAUGGGCAGUGCUGCCCUUAGCUUGUACUGUUUUAGUUGUGCUAGUAUUUCGAGGUGUCAGAUCCAGGGAAAAACAGGACCGUUAGUGGUUGUAUGUUGUCCCUGCUGAAAAAACCAGCCUGACCAGCUAAAGGUGGUUUGCUGGUUGACCAGCGUGUUAACCAGCUUAUUUGACCACCCUAACUCUGUUAU